AUGCCAAAAAAGAAUGGAAAGAAAAGCGGAGAUAAAUCAACCAAAAAAGAGAUCAUUGGAUUUGGAGACAAAACGUGUUUUGACGACGCAUUGUCUGAAGGUGGAAAAGAUUUCUACCGGUCGCAGAUACGAGACUUGGAGGAACAAUUGGAAAAAUAUCAGCACAAAUGUGAUGAGUUGGAGGUGCAACAGAAGGACUUCUCCUCUCAGUAUUUCACCAUUGAGAAGGAGAAGAAAGACAUUGUGCUCUACCUGAAGCGCUCGCUGGCCCAGAAGGAGGAUGAGCUCACAGACUUGUUGGAGAGACUGGUGGGACUGCAGCAGGCCAAGGAUGCUGAGAAGGACUCCUUUGAGCUGCAGCUCAGUCAACUUCGCCAAGAGUUCCAGGAGAACAAGGACAAGCUCACCUCAGAGAACAUGGUCCUUGCGGGUAAGCUAGCAGCUCUCGAGGAGUUCCGUGUGCAGAAGGAGGAGCUGAUGGCCCACUUGGAAGGCCUGGAGGAGCAGCUUGGGAAGCAGAGACAGGAGCACCACACAGUCAUCUACAGCCUGGAGAGGAAGGCUGUGCUGGACAAUGACAGACUAAAGAAGGAGAUGCAGCAGCACGUGGCGGCGGUGGCAGCCGAGUUUCGGCGCGUGUCGGACAGGAAGAUGCCAGAGACGACCAUGAGGGCCAUCCACGAGAAUGUGUCUGUGACGGCCCAGCUUAGUCAGCUGUCAGACAAGAGCAAGCAGCUGCUGGAGGAGAACGAGGAUCUGAGGGAUAGAGAGAAGCAUAUCCGCAGAGAGAUGGAGGUCCUGGAGCCCUUGUUCAACAAGAUGACCCGUAAGAGCCUCAGCAACCAGAAGGUGAUCCAUCAGCUCACAGAGAAGUGUAAGCAGAUGCAGGCUGAGCUGGAGGAGUAUGCUAGGGCUCAAGAGGAGCAUCAACAACUGCAGAAGGAUCAUGUCGUACUGCUGGCAGAAAUGCAAGCCCUAAGGCAGGUGCAGGCCUCUCUGUUGGAGGAGACAGGGAGGAACUGUGCCGAGGCAAACAGGCUGGGGAGAGAGCUGGAGGAGGAGAGGGACGUGAGAGGACAACUGGAGACCAUCCUACAGGCGGCUGCAUUCGCCCUGAAACAGGCCCUCAUGGAGGUGCCUAAAGAGGAGGACUCUGAGGUGAAGACUCUGGUCCGGAGGAACCAAAUGAUGCAGAAGCUGUUGGCUGUGUUGGACAGUGCUGCUCUGCUGGGGAAAGGGCCUGCCAUGAAGGACUUCUUGUCUCCUACACCCUCCUCCAGAUCAUCAGGGCUUCUUGGUCCUCUUCUCAAGGACACCACCCAGCUGUCUCACUUCAAGACAGGAGACCUGGGCCUCGUACCACGACGGACACACAACUACAGCAACAUCCUGUCCAAGAUGGGACCCCUCUCCAAGAGCACCCGCCUUCAACUGCACAGGAAAGUCUCACCACCCCAGAAGAGGACCAGCCCAUCCAAACCCUCUGGUCCAGAGAGCCUGGCUCCUCCGCUCAGGGACCCUCCCAGAGGGAGCCUGCUUUCCCCCCACAGGCCCUCUCCAACCAGGGGCAGCGCCGCUGAACCCAUCCUCAGAUAG